UCGGAAUAGACCAAUCCAUCUCCGAAAGCCCCAAAACUUAGCUCCUUCGAGACCGGGCACACCACGCCCGCGAGGCCAUCUUCCCGGUAGCGAUCAUAUCUUCCGUCGGUUCAGUAUCAUCAAACUCUGUUUCCAUUCAAUCGCCAUGGGUCCUGCCAAUCUCUUAUUCCUCCUACUUGCAACCGCAACACAGCUCUCAGUGGCGCAGCUGCUGAUCCAUCGCACAGCAAAACCUUCGACAGUUUGGAUCAACACCGCUCACUCCUACGGUUACUAUUUGGACCAGGUCCCCGUCCUCACCUGUUAUCCACAGCCACAAGCUUCCUCUGGAUUUAAACCUGCUAUUACCGCAGGGUUCUUAAGCUUAUGUGUCUCUGACACAUGCGAUGUAUACCUCUUUGCCGUCUUCCUUGUCCAUGUAGUCGACAAUAGCACAAGGGUGGCGGAUAGUCCGCAGGUGCUCUGGUCUGCCAACCGGAAUCGCCCUGUCAGGGAGAAGGCCACCCUUGAGUUUUCCUCAGAUGGAAAUUUGGUCCUUCGUGAUGCUGAUGGUAGCCAUGUCUGGUCAAGCAACAGCUCGGGCCGGUCUGUAGAUGGCAUGGUGAUCACCGAGAUUGGCAAUCUGGUUCUGUUUGAUCGGAGGAAUGCAACAGUUUGGCAAUCAUUUGAUUAUCCUACAGACACAAUGGUCCCUGGACAGUCACUCGUGGAAGGUAUGAGGCUCAUAGCAAGUACAUCUGCAACAAAUACGACAGAGAAUCAGUUGUAUGUCACUGUACUCCAAGAUGGAUUAUAUGCUUAUGUUGAAUCAACACCACCACAGCUCUACUUUUCAUAUAAUUCGAUCAUUUCUAAGGUAGGAAAUGAUCCAACAAAGGCUACAUUCAUGAAUGGAAGUCUCAGUAUUGUUGUGCGGCCAGAUGUGAAUGAUAGUAUCUCACUGCCAGCAGUUAAAUCCACUCAGUACAUGAGAUUAGAUUCAGAUGGACACCUAAGGUUGUAUGAAUGGUCUACUGCAGGAUCGACUGCAGUGUAUGAUGUAAUGGUGAUAAAUGUUUGUGAUUACCCAACAGUCUGCGGGGAAUAUGGCAUAUGCUCCGAGGGGCAAUGCACUUGUCCACUUGAGAAUGGUUCCAGUUCAACCUCCUUCAAGCUGGUGGAUGUGCGGAAUCCAAAUCUUGGUUGCACACCACUAAUUCCAAUCUCUUGUCGGGAAAUACAAAGCCAUCAGCUAUUGACUCUCACCGGUGUUUCUUACUUCGAUAUGAACUACAAGGUUGUGAAUGCAACAACCGAAGAUGACUGCAAGCAAGCUUGCUUGAAGAAUUGCUCCUGCAGAGCUGUUAUAUUUAGAGUUGGAGAAUGUGUGUGGCUAACGAAGGUAUUCUCCUUGCAAUCUGUACAGCCUGGUUACUCCUCUGCUUACCUCAAGGUGCAGCUUAGUCCCCCUAUUUCUGCAUCUACUUCAAACAAAAAAAAGAUCUUAGGUGCCACACUUGGAGCUAUUGCUACUACUCUUGCGUUGCUUCUCAUUGCUAUUAUUCUCUAUCUACAAAGGAGGAGAAAGUACAAAGAGAAAGGUGAAGAAUUUUAUUUUGAUCAGUUACCAGGAACACCAAAAAGGUUUUCUUUUGAGAACUUGAAUGAAUGCACCAAAGGAUACAGCAAGAAGCUCGGAGAAGGUGGGUUUGGGUCAGUUUUUGAAGGGAAAAUAGGUGAAGAGAGAGUUGCAGUGAAACGUUUGGAAGGUGCUAGGCAAGGAAAGAAAGAAUUCUUGGCAGAGGUCGAGACUAUUGGCAGCAUUGAACACAUCAAUCUUGUCAAGCUGAUUGGCUUUUGUGCAGAGAAGUCUGAGAGGCUUCUGGUAUAUGAAUAUAUGUCAAGGGGGUCGCUUGAUAGGUGGAUAUAUUACCGUCAUAAUAAUGCCCCUCUUGAGUGGUACACCCGUUAUAACAUCAUACUGGAUAUCGCAAAGGGCUUGUGUUAUCUUCACGAAGGGUGCAGGCGAAAAAUUGCUCACCUCGACAUCAAACCACAAAAUAUUCUCUUGGAUGACAACUUCAAUGCCAAAGUGGCUGAUUUUGGACUAUGUAAGUUAAUAAAUAGGGAUCAAAGCAAGAUAAUGACUGUGAUGAGAGGAACACCUGGAUAUCUGGCACCUGAAUGGUUGACGUCGCGGAUCACUGAAAAAGUAGAUGUCUACAGCUUUGGAGUUGUUGUCAUGGAAAUAGUAUGUGGACGAAAAAACAUCGACGACUCUCAGCCCGAGGAGAACGUUCAGCUCAUAAAUCUAUUACGAGAAAAGGCUCAGAACAGCCAAUUGAUUGAUCUAAUCGACAAGCAUAGUGAUGAUAUGAUCUCACACCAGGAGGAAGUGAUUGAAAUGAUGAAGCUCGCGAUAUGGUGCCUACAAAAUGAUAGCAUUCAAAGGCCUUCAAUGUCAACGGUGAUCAAGGUAUUGGAAGGUGUGAUGAGCGCAGAAACUUUCGAAGCUAACUCAAUAAUGUUUGUUCAAGAUAACCCAUCCACAUAUUCAGUUCCAUCUCAAGCAUCAAUAUUAUCUGGCCCGAGGUGAAACAAGUGGCUAAUGAGUAGUAGAAAUUCAACUUAUGGCCUUAUGCACUUUAGAUUUUAUGUCCUAGUAUCAUAUUUGUUGUACUUUGGAAGUACGUUCAAAAUGGCACCAAAAGAACUUUCCAGCUAAUAUGUCAUACAUUGGUGGAAUGAUAAGUACACCUUCAGUAGCCGUGAGUCGAAUAGUAACUCUCCUGUACAAGAAAAGUAUAUAUUUUGCAUUGUGUUUUACUCCCCCAUUUAUAUUUCCCCUGUCUGGAAU